GUAAAAUGGUGACCAUUUUGAGCAAGUAACAUGCACGCUCUCAUCCGUAUAAACAUCUAGCAGAAGUCAACAACAAUUUUCAUUUUGAGUGAAAUGAAUAAGUCGCUACGUUGGUGGACCGCCCCAAUGGGAAAAUUGAAGCCCUCUCCCCCAUCCAGCAGGGAUCCAUCCUGUUUGUAGGCCUAGUAUAUGGUACGCCCGAGUUGCAUGGCCUAUAGAAUCUACCAUAGCCCUAGCCAACCGGCAGUGUACCCCCGACUGUCGGAUAAGUUCCGCGCAUUUCGUCGUAUAGUGAGCGCGCCAUCUUCAUCGUGAAUUUCCCGGAUUCACUUCAACACAAUUUUGUUGUUUUCUCAUACGUUUUUAUCCAACAGUGAUGAUUUCCGAACCGGAAUUUGUGGAUUAAAUCGACCCUGUUUUUAACUUGGCCGCGUCAUCGUCACAGUUGAUUUUUUUUUUUUUUUUUUUUUUUGUGUGUGGUGUGUGUGUGUGUGUGGCCAACACGAAAAUUUUUGUUUGCCCUCCGUGUGCGGAAUCCUACGCCCGGAUUUUGUUUCCCUCUCCCCCCCAAAAAAUAAAGUGGGUGUCGGAUUUUUGAGACAAGAGAAGAGAGAAAACGGAAGAUGAGCAAAUUGUAUAUCGGAAAUUUAGCGGCGGAAGCAAACGAAGCGGCGUUGAGGCAACUGCUUCAAGAGAGCGGCGUCGGAAACGUCAGCUCCGUCCUGGUCAAACGAGGCGGCUAUGCCUUUAUCGAUUGCCCAGAACAGAGCACCGUCGAUCGAGCUAUUGAAAAACUCAACGGACACAUUUUUAUGGGCUCUACACUGGUCGUGGAGCCUUCCGUUGCCGGUGGACGACGAAAUGUUCUCUCACGGACACUGUACCUGAGCAACGUGCCGGCCCAUGUGCGUUACGAAGAACUGGAGCGGCUCCUGACGCCGCUAGGAACGGUGCUCAAGUGUGAAAAGAUCAGCGGAGGAGCAAGUGGAGGAAGCGGAGACGCCCCGUCACCUCAAGCAGGCGGUUAUCAAACCAUCGAGGUGGUCUUUGAAACGCCCGAAGAAGCAGAAAACGCACUGAAGGAGCUGAGCGAAGUGGAAAUUGAAGGAUCGCUGUUGCAAGUGGAAUCGGCCAUGGAGUCGAGACGCGGUAGCUCGCGGGGAGGAGCUGGCGGAGGAGGAGCUGGUGGAGGAGGAGCUGGGGGUAGUGGAUCAGGACGAUCGCGCUCCGGACCUGGAUCGCAGACCAUGUCGUUUGGUGGCGGAGGCAAUCAAGGACCUCAAAGACAACCGGAUUUCCCUCUCAGAGUGUUGGUGGCCAGUGAAAUGGUGGGAGCCAUUAUCGGUCGUCAGGGUGGAACUAUUCGACAGAUUACGCAACAAACCAGAGCUCGGGUGGAUGUUCAUCGGAAAGAGAACGUCGGCUCAUUGGAAAAAGCCAUUACCAUUUACGGCAAUCCGGAGAACUGCACGAACGCUUGCCGCCGCGUCCUAGAAGUGAUGCAACAGGAAGCUGAUAACACUAACAAAGGGGAAGUCUCGUUGAAAAUUCUGGCGCACAAUAAUCUAAUCGGACGGAUAAUCGGCAAAGGAGGCAGCACAAUCAAACGGGUCAUGCUCGAAACGGAAACCAAAAUCACCGUCUCUAGUUUGAACGAUGUGAGCAGUUUUAAUAUGGAACGCGUCAUCACCAUUAAAGGGACGAUUGAAAACAUGUCGAGAGCCGAGGGAAUGAUCAGUGCCAAGCUACGUCAAAGCUACGAAAGCGAUCUGCAAGCCAUGGCCCCCCAAAGUAUGAUGUUUCCCGGUCUUCAUCCGAUGGCCAUGAUGUCUACUGUGGGAAUGGGAUUCUCACCGUCAGUGAGGGGCACACCACCCGCCGCCGCUCCCGGUAUGUAUCACUCACCUGGUGCGUCCCCCUACGCCCAAGCAGGGCCAGCCGGUGUAGGCGUCGGAGCAGGAGGUGUCUAUCCGCCGGGCAUGGCACCGCCUACUGGUUCUCAACAGGAGACGAGUUUCCUGUACAUCCCGAAUAGCGCAGUUGGUGCUAUUAUCGGGACACGUGGCUCUCACAUUCGGAACAUUAUUCGCUUUUCUGGUGCCUCAGUGAAAAUCACUUCGUUGCCUGAAGGAACAACGGCCGAACCGCAAGCCGAGAGGAAAGUGACCAUUGUCGGCACACCGGAAGCUCAGUGGAAGGCGCAGUACCUCAUUUUCGAGAAAAUGCGUGAGGAGGGAUUCAUGCCAGCCGGCGAAGACGUCCGGUUAACAGUCGAACUGCUCGUCCCGUCUAGCCAGGUGGGUCGCAUCAUUGGCAAAGGAGGUCAGAACGUGCGCGAAAUGCAGCGGACGACGUCGUCGGUCAUCAAACUGCCCGAACAGGGCGCCUCUACCGGCGAAGAAACGACCGUCCAUAUCAUUGGCAAUUUCUUUGCCGUUCAAUCGGCUCAGCGGCGCAUUCGGGCCAUGAUGAGCCAGCAGCAACAGCCGCUCCAGCAGCAAGGCGCUCCCAUGACCAUGGUCUCCGCUGCUUCCGGCGGCAGAAUGAGGACAUCAGGAGGAGCAGCAGGCGGCAGUAGUGGUGGGGUCAGUGGCGGCCAAAGCCGCGGCAGAGAGCAAUAGACUGUGACUCCCCCCUUUUUUUUUCUAUUUUCUUUCUUUUUUUUUUUUUUUCUCAAUUGGAAAUUGGAAAAGAACGACGGCAAAAGCUCCACUUGUGCUUCUAUCCGUGUGCCUUUUUCUCUCCCUCUCUCUACGAUCCUCGCGUCUAUUUCGCUUCCAUCUGCGUGCUGUUGUGUCGCAAUUACCAUCAACCUCUCCCCUCCAAAACAGGAAGAAACAGACAACAAAGUGAAAUGUGUAGGACGUCGGGUGUGUGUCAGCCACCGAGAGGGGCCAAAAAAAGAAAAGAAGAAAAACAUGGAAGGAACUCCACUAUUUUGGAUUGCAUACCGACGUUGGAUUUUCUUUGCCUUGGCACCAACUACAUACCCCUCCCCCCUCCCUCCCCCCUAGUCACGUUUUGCCUUGCGUCAGUCCCCCCUAUACUUUGCGCGGAACGUGAAAGAGAGAGACGAUGAAGCCAUAGAAGCUUCGCAAUCAGUUUGCUGGGCCGUUCUUUUGUUUUCCAUCUUUGGGCUUUAUUUUCAUUUUCAACCAUAUAUACACACACACACACUUGCGAAGUUCGUACGUAAAUCAACAUCGGAAAUGAACGUUGGCCUUUCACACAAAAACAAGAAGAAGAAGAAGAAGAAGAAGAAGCAGCACCAGUGAAGUCUUUUGGACUUGGGGCUCAUUAACGGCCCGACAUGACGAACCAGCAUCUGUCAACAAUUUGUUCAGGGAUUUUUAUAUAUAUUAUAGCAACAAGAAAGAAAACAGAAGAUUGAUGUUGUUUUUUCAAUUUUUUUUCUUUUUUUUUUUUUUUUGGGUGGAGCCUCUGCGCUAGGAUUCUAUAUGAUUCUUUUUCAUUUGAAAGAAAGUAGAAGAAAGAAGGGCCUGCAUCGAAACAUUUGCGUGUGCGCCGAUUUUUGGCUUGUGUGCGUGUGUGUGUCAGCGUCUGCCUGCCCGCCUCAGUGAAAGACUGUAGGUCUUUUUGACUAUUAUAUACAUACGAGUGUGUCUAGACAUACGUGUUGUUCUUGUUGUUGAUGAUGCGUUCGUGUUUUGUUAGGCUGGUGGAAUUUUUCUGUGUCUUUUAGUGUUUUUUUUUUUUCUAGUUUUAUUAUUUUUUUUUUGUUUCUUCUUCUUCUUUCGUGUGUGUGUGUGUGUGUGAGGGGAGGGGGGGAGGAGGCGCUUUUUUCAGUACAAAAUGGGCACACUUUGUGUGCGUUUCUCUAUUUCUUUCCCCCCUCCUUCCUUGUUUGUUUUGUUUGUUUUUUGUUUUUUUUUUGAAAAUUGAGACGGGCCCUAGUUACGCAUGCACAUCCGGACGAGCCCGUCGAAAUCGGGUUAUCGCUCAACAGCGUCUGCGUCUCAGGGAUGUCUCUAAUUUUUUUUUUUUUUCUUUUCUUUUUUAUUUUUGAUCUUCAACGUUUUGUCCCUUUUUAGUUUGUUGUCUUUUCUUUUAAAUGUUUGGUUCAUUUCCCAUGGCCUUUAAAAAAAAAAAAUUCUUUCUUCUUUUAAAAUAUUUCAUUAGUUCAAUCUUCUGAAAUGUGAAAUGUAAAACAUUUGAUUUUUACCCCCCGUCUGUUUUUUCAAAAUGUUUUUUUUUUAUCAUCAUCUUACGCGUGUGUGUGUGUGUGUGUGUGCUGCGCCAAUUACGUCACCUCCACCUCGUAUCUCUCCCGCUCGUUAUUGUCAAGAGUUAUCAAGAACUAUUUUUGAUAUCAAAUGUUCAACGGUAUUUGCGCAAAAGAGAAGAAUAAUUAUUGCACCAUUGAAGAGACCGGGCCAUUCAUUGGGGGAGGGGUGGGGGUUUACCAGUUCGCUGUCUUCGCUUUUUUGUGUUCUCUCUUUUGUUUUGACCUGUGUCCAUAGGCUUUUGCGGAAUUUAGAAAACAAACUAAAAAAUCAGAAACCCACACGUGUUUUUUUGGGCCCACCACAAAAAUAUGUUUCCCAAUUCUUCUGAUCUUGUGUUCCUUUUUGAAAUUCAAAAUAGCGCCACCCUCCCACUCUUUUCUUUUUUUUUUCAAAUUUGAAUUUCCCCGCUAAAUUUGGAUCCGAUUUGUGGCCAACCUUUUCUUCGCAAAAUCCCAACAUCAAGAAAAGAUUUUUUGUUGUUGUUGUUGUUUUUGUUUCAACUUGUACAAUUUGACCAUCCGCCUGCCUCUUGCCGCCGCGGGAUUUUUGAAAAUUCCCAACCGAAUCGCCCGAAAAUGGAUGCACUGCAAUCAGUUGAACCAUCGUGAAAAAAUCAUUUCUAUUGGCAACAAAGAAAAGGAAGACAAGAAAAAAAAAGAAUUUUUUUAUUUAAAAUGAAAGAGAGAUCGAUCUGUCCGGCUCUUCCUCUUGCCGUUGGAGGUGUGCGCAUAUGGAAACUUGUGUCGACGACAAAAAGACAUGUUAACAAUGAAGGAAGAUGACGUCAACUACCUCAUUCAGCAACUGUCGGUGGCUGACCUACGGAUAAUUGUUGAAUUGUAUUUGUAUUGAACCUCCUCUUUCUGUCUCUCCCCCCCCUCGAUUCCUUUUUCUCUUUCAUCGCAUAUGUUUUGUGUUACUGUUUCGUUUUCCUUGUUUUCCUCAACGCUUGUCCUAACUACCAUCCAGCUCCUACACCCGCCGAUAAAGUCUAGACUUACCAACGAUGAAAGGUCAGGAUCCCAGUGACUAUGCCGACCUCCUACACUUUAUAAAGCUACCCCCUCUCUCUCCUUGCCCUCUCUCUAAAAAAAACAAAAAAACAAAAAAAUAGUCCCGACAACGAGAUAGUUUGUUUUGUUGUUUCUCACAGAAAUUCAAACGCACUGCCGAUGAUUCCCCAAAUGUCGAAAUUUUAAAAGCAUUUCAUUGAAAACUUGCGAAAGGAAAAUGAGACAAUUUCUCGCGACUCCCCGAAAACAAUCCGCCACCGCCCGAAAAAAAUGUUUUUAAAAAAAAUGUCGAAUCCGAUCCCUAACUGCAAAAUGGAAGGGGUUGCGUUGUGUUUAAAGAAAAGUUAAGCAAUCGAUAGACAAACAGGUUGGAAAACAAACACUUUUGAAAAACAAUUUGCGCCCUAAAAUCCUUGGAAUUUUCGUUCCAAUUUCUUUCCCCGAUGAUCGCACAGAAUCAAAUGGGAAAUUAUUGUUUGUUUUUUUUUUUUUUAAUUAUAGUUUGCUUUCCCAUCAUCUGACCGGAUUACAAAAAAAAAGAAAAUGAAAAAAAAAAAAUCAAUUUAGAAAAUUAGACGAGAAGUUAAUCAAUCGCUGACAUUUAGAAACCUGAAACCGAUCGACAGACAGCGAAAAAAACGCAAACCCGUAGUUCAUUUUUUUUUUUUUAGUUUUUAAUUUUUUUGUAGUGUAUUUAUUUCGAAUACCUUUUUAUAGUGACCCCCCCCCUUUUUUUUUUUAAGCUUCAAAAUCCUAAAAAAAUCGGUUCGAUUUCCGUUUUUCUUUGUCCUACAAAAAGAUAGGAAAACAAAGCUCGAAUUCGUUUCAUUUUGUUUGUUGUUUCUUUGGCAGAAAACGUCAAACAAAAAAAAAAAAAAACAGCCCCACAAUUUCUUUAAAAAAUUAGUUUCAAAUUAAUCGAAAUUUGCUGGUUAACUCCCUUUUGUUUUAAUUCGUCUCCUUAUCAUUGGCUCAUACCGCCCCGUAUCUAACUCGCCCUUGUCUCGCUUCGUGAUGAAAACACAUCUGUUUAGUUUCCAUUAUUAUCCUCACCCCCUAUAGACGUUCGUUUCUCCUUUCCCUUGGUAAUAGUCUGUCACACGAAAUAGCACCGUAAAAAUUAGCAUUUUUUUUUGUUAUUUUCUAGACCCACUUUGUCGCCUCCCGUCUCGUCCUCAAAUCGAAUUGGCAGCGAAAAUAGCAAAGAAGAUCCUCCCGCGUGUUAGGGCACCUGCCAUCUUUCCUUUCAUCGUCCCUCAAUAUUUCUCUGGCCUCCCCUCUAUACCCAAUUUUUUAAAAAAAUUUCUUUCUUAACGUCCAAAUGUUGUGUGCAAUGCGUCGUCAUGGUAACCACUUUUAAAAACUUUUAAUUAGCAUAGAGAGAAAGCAACAACAAAGAAAAUAGUUUCCGAAAACGGUUGAAAUGUCGGAUGCGCUCCCCGUCGUUCAUCGUUAGCGGAAUCAGCCUCACACAAAUAUAUUACUCUCCAAUCAACGUUUAAACAAAUGAAAAGAAAACGAAUAGCUCCUCGAUUUACAAAAAAAAAAAAAAAAAUACAGAACUACCUCAACGUUCCAUCAAUUCCUCCCGCAACUCCCCCCGCAACCUCAACUCCUCCCUCCCGCAACUCCUGAAAACGAAUGAAUAAAAAGACCUCCGAUGCUACCGUCAAUGCAAAUUUUUAACUGAUCACCCAUUUUUUUUUUUUUCCUUUUUUCGUGUAGAUGCAAAACAAAAAUAAAAAAAGAGCAAAAAAAAAAACAAAACAAAACAAACUGCAACUCAAAAAAAAACAAACAAAACAAUCCAUACCGGUAUUGAUCACAGUCGAAGGCGUUAGCGCGUCAUUUUGUGGUAGAGGGUAAGCAUAGUUUGUUGUUGUUUAAAAUUUUUUUUUUAUUUUUAUUUUUAUUUUUGUGUGUGACGCCGAAGAUGAAUGAAAAAUGAAGACACACGUCCGAUGUACCUGACGUUGAAAAGUAGCGCGCGCACGCCCUUCUUCUCUCAUCAUUCCGGCCCCAAACCCGAACCCAACACCGAAUUCCUCUUACCCGCAACUCUCUCUUUCUUUCUCUCUUUCUCUCCGCAAACUUUCUCUGCUGAAUGUUCCACGUUUUAAAAAAACAAAACAAAAAAAAAAACUGUAAAACUAAAAGAAAGAAGAAAAUCAGUAAAAAAAUAAUAAUAAUAAUAAUUAAUAAUAAUACAGCGUUUUUUUUUUUGAAACAUUGCAGAACAUUUUUGACGGUGUACAGUAAAAAUUAAAACAAAAAAAAAAAUAUUUCAUGAUGCAAAUCAAGCAUGAUUGGUUCUUUUAUUUUUAUUUUUCCCUCCUCGCCUAUUGCAAUUUUGCGUAACACACAAAAAAAAAAAUUUUUUUACUUUAAAUUUGUAGACCUUUUGAUCGUCUUUUGGACACGCUACAUUGACACCCCGUUUGGUAAAAAAAUUUCUUUGCGUCAACCACUUUUUUUUACAUCCUUGAUGUGUGGACAUCCUUUUUCUUAUCUUACAUAUUUCCUUCCUCAUUUUGAUUAUUAUUAUUAUUAUUUUUUCUUUCUAUUUGUUAACUGGAUUUGGACAUUUGUCCCUCAACCCCUCCCACCUAGCUCCUAAUUUUUCAUUUGUUCGUCUCCCUUUAAAAAAUGACCUUUUAAAACAAAAAGAAGAAGAAGAAAAAAGUCUGUGGUAGCAGUCGAAGAAUAUUCCCAUCCCUCUUUUUACCUUCCUUCCUCACAACAAACAAAACAGAAAGACCUGGACAUUUGGUUCAGACCCAAAGCCCCACCCAUCAAACAGAAUAAACACAAAACAGAAAAAAGAGAAACAAAAAAACAAAAAUUUCGAGAAAAGCAAAAGACAAAAACAAAACAAAACCAAAAAUUUAUGGAAAUGAAUUUUAAAAAAAAAAAAAAGAAAAGAAAAGAAAAGAAAAAGGGAAAAACAACAUUUUAAGAAUCCCCCCCGUCCACGUUGAGGUUUUGGAUGCGUCCGCGGUUUGUACGGCGGCGUUCCAGGUGCUCCGCCCAGCGUGAGUGGCAUUUUUGAAUUAGACGUUUUCCCUUUGAUAAUCAUGGAACAUACAUUUUUCUUUUUGCUGGUGACGUGUGUGUUGGAAAUAUUUUUUUUCUUUUCUCCUUCUCUCCGCGUGUGGUGUGUGUGUGUCGCGUGCGCCCCCUAUGGGUGGCCUCCCGCUAGCGUGUUGUAUAUUUGACAAAAUAUGAAGACACAAGCCCUUUCGCUACACGCGCCCCUCCCGGCCCCGCCCCUCCCCCCGAAUGAUUUCUUCAGUGCGUCCUUUCUUGAUGGUUUUCGAAAAAAGGCGUUUGAGGAACAAAAAUUGGACGGAGAAGAGCAAAACAAAGAAUAUCUGAAAUGCCAAUUCCUCUUCUCCAAACGGAAGAUAAGAAAGAAAAAAUUAUUACAAAUAUUACGUCAUUUGUUUGUGUGCGUCUUCUCCAUCAGUUUGAUGAUUCAUGUGGUCUAUGUGUGUGUGCGUUGUCAUUCUCCUAUCUACCAUGAGAUUAAAUUAUUCUAAUAAAAA